GGGAUAUGGGAGCGGGGCCUGGCGCUCCAUCCCGAGGUGCGCUCUGCGCUCGGAGCCGGUCGCUGCUCCAGGACACGGGGCCGUUUCGCUCCGCGUUCCCAGCUCCGCUGGUUCUGGGCCCCAAGCGGGACCGGGAUUUGGUGUGGGUUGGUUGUUGGUUUUUUUUUUUCGGUUUUCUUUUUAAACUCAGGUCGGAUAUUACAUAACCGCGGGAGCACCGAGCACAUGCCCAGCCCUCAAUCCCUUUCGCCCAGGGAGGGACGUGUCAGCCUGCCUGGCCGAGCCCAGUGCAGAGCUCCGCUUGCACCCACAGCUCCGUGGGACGAGCUCGGCUUCUGGACGCGCAGCCAAAGCUCGCGGCCACAUCUUUAAAUUAGAGAAUAAAACGUUAAGCGCUUUGCUCGUGGGCAAAAAGCGGUAAUUAUUACCUAACUUACCGUAGUCAUGAGUGCACGUGGUACUGCCCGCUGCACCCUCUUAAAUCUCUCUUGUGGCUCAACUUGCCUAUUUUUCAUCUGCUGUUACAACUCCGAAGGAGCGCACGGAGCUACUUGUGAAUAAAAGUAAAUAGCAGUGAUACAUUUUGUUAAGCCUGGGUUUUGGGAUCUGAGCUGUCCUUCUUUUAGAGCACUUUUUGUCCUAAAUGCAGCAGGCCAGAACUUCAGAGAUGUCUAUCUCAACACAGGGUGCUGACAGGGUUUUUGUGGAUGCAGUUCUGGCAGGUGACUGCAGGAAUUCACCUGCCCUGGAGUUACAGAUUUAUAGACCAGCACCUGAGAGUAAAAACUGUAGCAGUUUACACGGGUCUGUGAGGAAAAUGGUGAGAUAACAAUUACAGGACAGCAGAAAGGAAGGCCUGACAAGGGUUAACCAGCAGCAAUGGAGAGCUCAGUAGGAUUACAGGAGAGCAGAGGAGCUGCAGAAGGAGAAUUGUUUAGUUGUGAGGAGGCAGAAAUGGAGGAGAGAGCGGGCGUGCAGGAGAGGAAGUUGGCUGGAUCACAGGAUUUCCGUCAGAGACACUUUGCACUGCAAGAGCAAGCAUGGAUGAGGCAAGCAGGGAAGUGUCACCCCAAGGGCUGAAGCGCAGUUUUGGCUGAACUCACCAGCGGGCCCAAGGUCUCCAGAGCACCUCAGAUGGCAGAGUUUUUGACAGAAGGGUGACGAGGGAGAGGAGCAGGGUGACAGAGCCAGCUCAGGGGUUAUCGGUGCCGCUCUCCGGCCCACGCCCCGAUAGCGCGGGGCCAGCUGGCCGGGCUCCAUCCCGGGAGCUCGGGGUAAACAGGGACGGAGGCAGCACCCAACGCCUCGGCUUCCCUGCUAUGGCACACAGGAUCAUGUUGGAUGGACCGUGGCUGUGCCAGAAUUUUUCCCAGCUGAGGAAAUAGGGAGCAAAUGUAUCGGCAUCACGGUAGAAAAUCUGGGAUAAAGCCCCAGGGAACGCGGCUCUCCAGCUCUGCUGAAGGCACAACUCGUCAUGGCUUAAUGCAAAAAAACUGCUUCCUACUCAUUAAAUGUUUGCUUUUCUCGUAAGAGUUAGGUGGCACUGCACAGGCACUGUAAUUCAUUAAAAGUGCUGAAGAACACCAUUAGAGAGCUGUGGAGCUGGAUCAGUGGCUGGGUGUGCCGGAGGCUGUGUGCUGUGAGCUCUUGAACCCGCUGCUGCUGGGCAGGAAAGUAAACAGGAAACCACCACAAACACCGAUAAGUAACCUGCAAAGCCCUUCUGUGCGUAUUCUUUAUUUUUUCCCCCCCUGAUAAAUCGCGUUACUUCACGAGCGUUUGCUGAGAGCUCACCCCCUCCCUCAGCGCUUCUAAGCGUGAGGUAAAACUGGCAUAAAGCUUUUAUUGUCACGGCAAAAUGGGGGUUUUUUGGGAGUCCCCUCCAGAUCACGGUACUCCUGCCCCACACGGGGAGCCCUUCCCGAGGCAGCUGUGGCCGCCGGUUGUUGCCCCGCGGCCGCCCCGGCCCCUGAGGGCCGCUCCGCCUCCGGCCGCCAUCACCGCGCCGCUCCCGCCGCCAUCUUCGUCCCGCCCCGCCCCGCGCGCGGCCGAGGCCCGCGGGCGCCAUCUUGUGUGCGGGGCUGGCCCCGCCAUCGCCCGGCAACGGCGGGCCGGGAUCGCCGGGAAUCCCCCAGGAAUACAGGUACCAAAGGGGCACGUGAAUUGGGAAGCCAAGAUGGAGGCGUUAAUGCCCGAACCUCAGAUUUAUGUGGAAAAAACUCUGGCUCUCAUCAAACCUGAUGUCAUUCAUAAGGAAGAAGAAAUAGAGGAUAUCAUUCUCCGAUCAGGAUUCACGAUUGUUCAGAAACGAAGGCUCCAUUUAAGCCCAGAGCAAUGUAGCAACUUCUAUGCAGACCAAUUUGGAAAAAUGUUUUUUCCUAAUUUAACAGCCUAUAUGAGUUCUGGCCCUUUAGUUGCUAUGGUUCUUGCCAGACAUGGUGCAAUCUCACACUGGAAGGAAUUGCUUGGACCAUCCAACAGCCUAAGAGCUAGGAUAACUCACCCUCACAGCUUAAGAGCACUCUAUGGGACUGAUGAGCUGAGGAAUGGGCUUCAUGGCAGCCUCAACGUUUCCUCAGCAGAGAGAGAGAUUCGAUUCAUGUUUCCAGAAGCGAUCCUGGAGCCAGUUCCCACUGGACAAAGAGCAAGGGAUUACCUGAACCUGUAUGUGAAGCCAACGUUGCUGGCUGGGCUCACUGCCCUGUGCAAAAAGAAGCCAGCAGACCCAAUGAUUUGGCUUGCUGACUGGUUGAUUGAACACAAUCCUAAUAAACCUAAACUACAAUUUCGUCUCUGAGGAGGAGCAUCAGGGCUGAGGGCUCAGUGGAAACCACCUCAGGCAUUUCAACUACAGAUGUGUAUUAUCAGUGUGUCCCUUGACUGUGUAACCAAUAUUAUCUGAAAUAAAUGCAUUUAUCAUAACUACUUGUGCCUUCAUGGAACAAAUAACCUUACACUUAACCAGGAUGAAGUAGUUCUAGUGGCUUCUCUGAUGACAAAGUGAAUGUAGAAUUACAUCAUAAAUAUAUGGCAUUGGGUGAUUAGAAAAAGACAACAUUCCCAGCAGGUGUGACUUACUGCUAUUUCCCUCAUUUUUCUUGGUGUGGGGAGAACAAAAUUAUUUACCCCAGUGUGGAUUCCCAGAUGACACCCACCUGGCCUGUGCUUUGUGAAACCAAGAGUGGUGUUGCAGCAUUUUCUUUGCAGAGAGGAAUUCAGUUGUGAGGUUACUUGGAUGUGACAAUUACUAGAGGCCUCUUAGCAACUUGGGAAUUUUAAUUGCUGAUCACAUCACCUAGCUAAGGUUACUCUUGAAGAUGAUUUAUUUUGUCAGAGUGUAAUUUGAAGGUACACUGAAUGCACCUUUCCCAUCUUGAUGGCAAAAGGCACAGUGAUUAUAAAUCAGUCUUUGAUUUCAUUACAAGUCCCAAGAAGAUGUAUUUUAGUCAAGGAUUAGGGUUAUCUUCCAACAUUUCUUUUCAAGCGAAGUGCUUGCCUGGAACAGCUCACCCCAGGAGUGUUUUCUGUGUGCUCCUGCUCUUAAAGGGAUGCAGAUUUCUGGUUUUCCCUUGAACUUUGGUGUGUUCUGUUUGAGAAUUUGAAGAGAAUGGGGCAAUAAGUCAGUCCCACAUUAUUACCUUUUCUGAAGUAAAUGAGCUGUUAUUUGGGGAUGUGGGGCUUUUUAAUUUCCUUCAAAGAGCUGUACUUAUGCUCUUAACUUCAAGCUUAAUAUCUUACAGUUUGACUGGCUAGGAUGAAGAAAGUGUCAUUUUCAUAACCCUGAAAUAUUGCUAUGCUUGACUAAUACUAAACAAACAAGGAAUUUCAUAAUUUGUUUCAUGAAAAAACUUGCUCCCCUAAUUUCAGUCAUUACCAGAAACGUAAGUCAUUUAUUUUUAACAUUAAACAUUAAGUGAAUUGUUUAUCCUCUCCGUGGAAUAAACCACUAUUGCCAGCCCUGAGAAUAACCAUUUAGAAAACUGGUCCCUACAGCACCAGGACCUAAAAAUCUUUGGACUUCUAGGAUAAGAAGAAAAAAAAAAAAAAAAAAGAAAGAAAGAAAGAAAGCUCAAACCCUUGAAUAAUGAAGAAAAAAAAAUGAGGUGGUUAGAAAUACAGCAGACAGAUCUGUUGACAUCCAAUUUAUUUUGCCUGUAAGUUUUUGUCCCCAUAUGUGUCUGAUUGCUCCAAUUACAGGACAGUUGUGCUGUGUGGUUUCCUGUCAGCAAAAUUUAAAAAAAUUCCUUUUUGAAGAUGCCAGAAACUAAACCCCAGUGAAUUCACCGGGCAUUCAGCUGUGUUUUUUUAGUUACUGUGGCAUUUGCUUACUUAUUUUGAUGUGAUCCUGCUUGACAAUAAAUACGUUACUGCUGGA